AAGAAUGGCGAUUUGCUGCCACAGUUCAAGAACAAAAAAGCAGAAUACAAGAGCUAUGCGUACUACUAUUCAUCACCGGCCGAUGUGCUCAAUUCGAUGAAGGAUGUGCUGCGCCAUUACAAUAUCGAUGUUUGUCCUCUUUCUUACAGCAAAAUCCACAGCAAAAUCGUGCCUACCGCCUAA